GGUGGAGACGUGGCGGUAUCUUAGCAACGGAACAUACGCUGUUAGGAACUGCGAUGGCGGCUGGCAGAGAGCUGGAAGCGAAAGAAUAUCUUCGUGAAAACAAGAUUAUGGAGUUAAUGAACAACUUGACAAGCCUGCUGCUUUAUCACCGACCCGAAAGGCCACGAGAAUUUCUAAUAAAUGAGUUGGAAAAGCUGAAACUUGCCAGAAUAGCAGAUGUGGAAUAUCCAUGCCUUUUUGAUGAGUCUAAUCUGGAUGCUGUGUUCAGGAUUCUUGAUCCUUCAGGUCAAGGAUACAUAACAGGGGCACAGUUCAUGGAAGCAUCAAAAACUCUUGGGGUAAACAGCAACAACUUUGUUAACCUUCCUGAGAGAAUCACACUGGAAGUCUUUAAGUAUGAAAUGAGGACUCAGCUGAAGAAAGCUUGUGCGACAUUCAGAACCUAACAAACCAUAAGCAUACAUUUAUUUACCUCUGGACCUUUCCCUUUGUUUUGUGGAUCAUAUAAUAAACAAUACACUUUAUCAUAUAA